AGCUGUAAAACUGGAUAGUUGAGCCAUUCUGGGUGACGUCAUGAGCCGGGUGUUUGACGGGGUGGCUGCGGCAGCGCCGGGACUACGGACUGCAAAUAUGACCGACAGUGACCUCGACCGCGGCAUGUAUUAGCGUUUCACUCCUCUCGCUUCGGAUUGGACACAUGUAAACAAACGGUUUUAUUAUUGUUGUUGUAUUUAUUGUUGCUUUAAGAUUAAGCCAGUGCGUUCGGUGUAGGUCAUUAGCCACGAGCCUGCUCAUAUCUCGAGAGCGCGAGACAUCCAGCACUUCUGUGUAUGUUUUAAGGCUCGUGCAUUGAAGUAUGGAUAAGGCCAAAUCAAUGAUGGACCAGAAAGGAUCGGGUCCGUGUUACACAAACGGUAUGCACAAGCCGAUCCGACGACAGCUGAGCAACGGGAGCUGUGGCCCGUACAGUCCGACGGAGGAUAAUUACCACCACCACCAUCAGCAGCAGCAGCACGACCCUCAAACCAACGGAUCCCCGGCGAAAAGGUGUCGGCUGCGGAGGCGAGUGGAGUCGGCGAGGAAAAACAGACCGCCCUUUCCAUGGUUUGGGAUGGAUAUUGGUGGUACUUUAGUAAAGCUUGUUUACUUUGAGCCAAAAGACAUUACAGCAGAGGAGGAGCAGGAGGAGGUGGAGAACCUGAAGAGCAUACGCUGGUAUCUUACCUCCAACACGGCCUAUGGCAAAACCGGUAUCCGUGAUGUGCACCUGGAGAUUCGCAACCUGACCAUCUGCGGUCGCACGGGAAACCUGCACUUUAUCCGCUUCCCCACCGCUGCCAUGCACAGAUUCAUCCAGAUGGGUAGAGAUAAGCACUUCUCCAGCCUGCACACCACGCUCUGUGCCACCGGGGGUGGGGCAUACAAGUUUGAGAAUGACUUCAGAACGAUGGCAGACCUAGAGUUACUGAAGCUGGAUGAGUUGGACUGUCUGAUCCAGGGGCUUCUGUACAUAGACUCUGUGGGUUUUAACGGUCAUCCUGAGUGCUAUUACUUCGAGAACCCCUCUGACACACAGCACUGCAUCAAGAGACCCUGUUGUCUUGAAAACCCAUUCCCCAUGUUGCUGGUCAACAUUGGCUCAGGCGUCAGCAUUCUGGCAGUGUACUCCAAGGACAACUACAAACGUGUUACCGGCACAAGCCUGGGCGGAGGGACAUUUUUGGGACUGUGUUGUCUUUUGACGGGUUGCGAGACUUUCGAAGAGGCCCUUGAAAUGGCCAGUAAGGGUGACAGCACCAACGUGGACAAACUGGUAAAGGACAUCUAUGGAGGAGACUACCAGCGCUUCGGGCUGCAGGGGUCAGCGGUGGCUUCAAGUUUUGGUCACAUGAUGAGCAAAGAGAAAAGGGACAGUAUUUCUAAAGAGGACCUGGCCAGAGCAACACUCGUCACCAUCACCAACAACAUCGGCUCCAUCGCACGCAUGUGUGCAGUCAAUGAGAAAAUCGAACGGGUUGUUUUUGUGGGGAACUUUCUUCGUAUAAACACAGUGUCAACAAAGCUUCUUGCCUAUGCUAUGGACUUCUGGUCCAAGGGCCAGCUGAGGGCCCUCUUCCUGGAACAUGAGGGAUACUUUGGAGCAGUUGGUGCUUUCCUUGAGCUGCUGAAGUCGUCUGAAGAUGCAUAAAGGGAAGAAAUCAUCAUCUCUGUUUUAUUAUCCAGAAGCUGCUUUAAGACUUCCACACAGAAGCGCCAACAAGAAAACUGGAAUACUGGGAACACUGGGACAUCUGAAAGAAGCAAUUAUAGUAAUUAACUUGUAAAUAACCCUUAAAAUCAGAUUUAAAAAUAUUUUUAUGUCUAACAUAGUCUCCUUCAGACUGACGACUCUAACAGAAUCUUUUUGUGAAUUUGUUUUCCUGAUGUUGUUUCCCUUUUGUACUGUUUGUAAAUAUCUCAAUGUGUAGUGAAUAGGGAGAGUUUAUUGAUGGCCAAAUCCUGCUGUGUUGUUCCUGACUUGCCACCAGUUGAGGGUGGCACUUCUGUUGAAUUUUUACAAUCUCUAGGCCCUUUUAGAUAUUUAAACUACUGGUCACAGCCCAAAUAUGUGUAAUACACUAUUCUAGUUCUGAUUUAAGCCUCAGGUCCUGUUAAGUCUGGAUACUACUCCUUCUUUCACUCUUCCUCUUCAUUACAGUUAACAGUUUUCAUGCAUUUGUGCGUGAUUAUAAUUUUAAAUGGGAAUAGGUUUGUUAUUUUGAAAAAUAUAUAUUUGCGCUGAUUCACCUGAAGCCUUUAAUUUUAAUAGGAUAAAAAGAAAGCUCAGGGUGUCUCACUUUUAGUUUUGAGAAGGAAUUCUGUUGGAAAAGUUCCCAUAAAAUCCCACAUGGGAUUGGACUACAUAUGAAGCACACAGCACAUACAGAGAUAGAUAAACACUGAUUUUUUUUUUCUUUUCAGAGUAUCCUUUUUUUACAUCCUGCCUUCUUUGUUUCAGUGUCUUUACUAUCCUAUCCAAACCAAAUCUACUUCACUAUCAUAUCUAAACUAGAAUGAUCGCAGUUAUAUACACAUACCUCCUCUUUGGAUGCCUUCCUCCUGUCUAUUGUUUAGACCAGUCUGUUGUUGAAGUUCUACUGAAUAGGAGAAUUAAUAGUACCCCAAAUAGCAGAGUGAUGACAAAGAAAGAAAGAUUAAGUCAGCAUUGCUGCAAUUAUUCUUAUCUCCACUUUAUACACCAUUCUAAUAUAAAACAUGUUUAGGCUGCUCAAUUACUCAGCCUUUUGUUUCCCUUGUGGUGCCAAACAAACCUUUGCCAGGCCAUGCGCCACAGUCAUUAAGGCAACUUAUUACUCUUACAGAAAGUUGCCUAGCAUUAGGGUAUUAUUAAAUGAAACAUUGUAAUGCCAUUUAAAAAUAACUAGUUAAAUUUGUUGUUCAGUUCUCCCUGUUGUCUGUAAUUCCUAUUCUUUUAUAUCACUCUUUUUCUUUUAAUACUUUCUUAAUAUUUUGUCCAGUGUUCUUUUUUUAUUAUUAAUAUUUAGUUUAGCUUUGUAAGGUGACUUCUCGGAAAAAUCUAAAUUAGAUUUUGGGGACCUCACGUCACCUAACAAUUUUGUUUGCUAGACUAUAAAAUACCUAUCAGCUUUGCUUUUGUUUGUAUUUUCAACUUUAAUGUGAGAUUUUGAGGUAAAUUGCCUGUGUACACAUUUUUUAAACUUUCUAUAACAUUGGUUGGCCUUAUACUUAGCAUUAAAUUAGUAAACAACAUAUUUGGGUACACAGUUAUUGUUGUGUAAUUUGAAUGUUAUUGUUAAAAGGAGACUAUAUUAACCCUCCUGUUCUAAUCCUGUUUCCCAAACUCUACAUUUGUUGGGCCCUUUUGUUCUGUAAAUUAAUUAGAAUAUCAAUAUGACUGUAGUAUGCUGUAUAGAUGAUUGAUAUUCAUAGAGAUUAAUGGUAAUAUUGACAAAUUGUUUAGAAAGCUUCAAAAUAACCAUUCAUGCCAGUGUAAUUACAUUGCAUAGAAUUCUAUCCGAUACCCAAACAAAAACUGUAACCAACUUUUUAUUAGCCCUUUAUAGGCCAAAAAAUACAGCUUUAUGUUUUACAAAUAAGGGUGAGGCCCUCCUAGAGACUGUUGUGAAACCAUGCCACUGACCUGAAAGAUUAAAAGUUGUAUUUGUGUAAAUUAUAAAAGGUUGUGCUAACACAGCUAACCUACAGUCUGAGAAAAUAGGGAGAUAUUGGUUAUUGAUUCACUGAAUUUUGUUCCUCUGAAGGGUGGCUGAACUUCACACUUCUUGCAGUGCAGUAAAGUCACUUGCUCAAUGUUGUUUGCAGAAUAAAUUUGGCUGAGGGAAACUAGCUGUUCACAUCCAUUCUCUGCUACUUGUGUCAGUUCAUACUGUUAUACAGAAUGAGAGUUCUUUUGGAACGUUUUGUUGUUCCUUUCUCUUUGUAUUCUCACAUUUCUAGACAACUGAUCCUUUGAUUUGCUUGUUUGACACUAAUGGAUAUUUUGUGCUAUUGUAUCAGAUUGUACAAACAUGUAAAUAUUCCUGUCUUUGUUUUCACCUCUCAAGUCAUUGAAUACACUGUAUAUAACCUUGUGGAAAAGGAGAGAGGCUUAAUAAUGUCUGUGUGAUUCACUAGGUUUAAUGGAUGCUAUUAUGUAUAGAUUCAAGAAAGAAUUUUGAAUAAUAAAAAACAAAGAUGUGUUUUUUUUUCCUUUUCAAAUGUUCACUAUUAAACUAUUAUUCUCUCCCAAGUUAA